AAGAAGAAAACAAGCCUAGAUUUAGUAAAUUAGUCUUAUCAGAUAUUGCGAUUCAUUUGGUUUUAACAUCAGUUCACACAGGACAAAUUGGAAAUUUAAUUAGAAUUGUGCUAUGGGCUAUAGACUCACCUGAUAGAGAUAAGGAUAGUGAAGAAUUAGAUGCUACAGAUUCAAUAGUUGAAUAUUAUAAAGUUCCUGUUGCUGCUAAAUAUUAUAGAGAAAUUAAUUGUGAUCAAACAGGAUGUUUACUAAAAGACUGGAAUUUUUAUAUGUGUUAUCAAUUUAGCAAAGAUGAACAAAAAGUUUGUAUACUCCUAGAAGAAGAUGAUACAGACAGUAUUAUUUUUGAUACAGCAAAUUUUGCAUUAAUCUUAGUGGUUGAUUAUAUGUCUAGAUUUUUUAAAAUGAGAAGACUUCAUAACAAAAUACCACCACCAGAUGCUCAAAAUCCAAAUCAACAAGAUUCUCGAUAUUUAACAAAUAAUAAUAUAUAUUUUUUAGGUCAAAAUUUUUUAAUUCAAGCUAGACAAACAGGUUUACCAGUAUAUUUUAGUGAUGGAGUAAUUGAAAUUGCAUAUAAAUAUGAUGUCAAUAUUAAAAAUAUACAUAAAAUAGCAAAUAUAAUUGCACAACAAAUAAUACAAGCACAACAAGGAGAAAAUAGUGAAAUUGAAAAUGAAGCAUUUAUUUCAAAUUUACUUGAUGGAAAAUCACUUGAAGUUUUAAUAACAAAUGAUUUUUUGUUAACAGAACAACAAAAAAAUCAACUUCAUAUAUUAAGAAAACAAAGAAUUCAAAACUUAACAGAUAAAGUAUUUGAUGAACUUAAAAAUAAUAUAAAAAAUGAAAAAAUUUUAAGUAAACUAGAAGAUAAAGGAUACUAUGAUAAUAGAAUUGAAGAAAGAAUAGCAUUAUUAAGACAACCACCUUCACCUAAACGACUAGCUGAAAAUGAAGAUGAAAAUAAAAUUUAUUUAUCCACAAGAAUAAUCGAUAAUGCAAAGCCAAAUAGAAAUUAUAAUGGAAAUGACAUUGCGCAAAUUUCAUAG